CGCAGAAGUGUCCGGGUGUGUCACUAUAAAUAUAAGGAGGCUUUCAACUAAUCAAACAACACAAGACGAUUUCAAGUAGUAGAAAACAUUUAAAAACGUUCAAAAAUGUACACAGUUGCUGUAUUUCUGUUUGCCGUAUGUGCAGUUCUAGCUGUGAGCUCAGUUUCGGGAGAUGCGAUUUUAUGCGAGGGUUCGAAAGGUUACAUCCAGUGUCCUCCUGGCCAGAAGAUAGCAGUUUAUAACGCUUACUACGGAAGAACACACAAUGGAAGUAUCUGUCCCCAUGCCGUCACUUCCGACCAGAAUUGCCGCGCAUCUGGCUCCUUCAACAAAAUCAAGAAUGCUUGCCACAAUGAACAGCGAUGCUACUUGGCGGCAAACAAUGGAGUGUAUGGAGAUCCCUGCCGUGGAACGUACAAAUACAUUGAAGUGAAGUUCUCAUGUGUGCAGGCAUAAAACAGCUUGAUGAUGAUAUAUGUAAACAAUGUGUUGUAUCAGUGAGUCAUCAUGAUAUAAACAAUGCUUAAACUGAUAUACCAAUAAAAAUGUCACUUUGCCUUCUAUGAAGACGACGACAGAAUUACCACGAGAUAUUAAAAUAAUAAUUGGCAUUCAACAUAACAUGUGUUUUCAUGUAUAUUCUCCUGUUCUGAUAAUUAUCGGGGGGGGGGGGUCUUUUGGCUUUAAUUCGCACCCGCAUUCAAUUUAUGCAUUUCUAUGAUAUUGUUAUAAGUGAAUGUGUAGAUUUUUUUUAAUUGUUUUCCUUUUAUAUGCAACAUGUCAGAGUACUUCAUGGAAUCCAUCUUCCAACGAAAAUGUUAAAUUGGUUAAACAUGUUCUGUUUAUAAUUUGAAAUAAAUGAUUCACAUCAGUCA